UCCCUCUCCCUCCCCUCCCUCACUCCCUCUCUCUUUCUUUCUGGCGAACACCUCACUGGCGGCCUCCUCCUCACGCCUGCGCCCCAUCGCCUCCCCCGCGUGUGGCGAUGGUGGAUGCGGUGGUGGCGGAUCCGUCGGAUCCAGCGGUGGCAGCGCCAGUUGGCAGCCGGCGGCUCUUCUCCCCGAGGCGAGAUGCGAGAAACCCCGGCGUUGCAGAAGCCUCUGACGGCCAUGAGCUCCAGCACAGGCGCCUCAGGCAAUCAGACUCACGGCCAUGGGGCUACGCCGCCACGGCUGUCGGUGGCCGCUACGCUGGCAAUGUGUCCGACGAUAUGUACCCUGGCCCCGAGCCGCCAAGAUUCGACGCGGGGCUGAACCUGCUGCACCGGUCGUGGGCGGACCUCCUGCCCGACAUCCUCUGCGCCGUGGCCGGCCGCCUCGCCCGCGCGGAGGACCGCGCCAGGAUGCGCGCCGUCUGUAGCGCGUGGCUCGCCGCGGCGCGUCUCCACCGGCAGCCACCGCCGCUGCCCCUUCUUGUGCUCCAUGACUUCAAUGUCUCCAGCUUCUGCUCCGACGGGGCCAUGACGGGCAUCCGCCGCAUCCCUCUUCCCUUGGAUGGCGUGGGGGAAGGAGAUGUCCGCUGCGUGGGCUCCUUCGAGGGAUGGCUCGUCGGAGUGCAGCCCUACGAAGGUCUUUACUCUGGUGACGGCCCGUGCUUCUUGAUGAAAGCUUUUUCGCGAGAUGUCAAUGUCAUCCAUCUCCCACCUCCUUCGCCAGAGCCAGACUCCAACUCUGUUGCUGCCUUGUCUAAUUCUGCUGAUGCCUACAGCAGAUAUUUCGCUUUCGCCUUCGUCAAUGGCUCUAAUUCUUUCAAUGCCUACAUCAGAUCUCUCACCAACUCUGCUGAUGCCUACAUCAGAUAUCUCCCUGUCAUCAAUGGCUCUGGUGAGAUGCAGUGUGUAGUCCACGGCCCACAGUGUGCGAUGUCGUUCCACAAGGUGGUCUUAUCCUCUUCACCUGACUCUACCUCCAAGUGUGUUGUGGCUGCCCUCUCCACAAUGCACGAACCUAUGCUUGCGCUAUGGACGCCUGGGAUGUCGUCAUGGUGUGUGUGCUUUGACGGCUGCAUCACUAUGUACAGCGAUAUUGCCUUCUACCAGGGGAAGCUCUACAUGUUCAACAAGCUCGCUUCUCAAUUUCAACUUUUCUCCAUUGAAAUCUCUGAAGAUGGUGACAGGGGCCUGAUGGUUUCUUGUGUUGAGAGUUGUGUGACUGAGGAACUACCUCAGAUUGAUGGUACCCGUAUACGCUGGUGGAAGAUAGCAGAGUGGAAUGGGAAAUUAUUGCUGAUUCUGACAUACCUUCUUGGUCCUGAAUGUUGGCAAAACAUUCGUGAGGUUAGUGUACUUGAAGUCGACUUGAGUGCCAAUCCAGUCAGUUUCACCAAGAUCAACAGCUUGAAUGGUGACUGCAUCUUCGUCAGCCCGUGCAGCAGUGGGACUUUUCAUGUGUGUCAGUAUGACGGAGUUGAAGAUGAUCUUGUCUAUUUCAUUGAUGGAGUUGAAGAUGAUUUUGCCUACUUCAAUGAUGGCGAAUUCCUUUCCGAUGAAAAUGCUGCACCCGCUUUUGUUAAGUUUGUGUACAAUAUGAGAGAUGGUACAGUAGCACCGUUUGCGGCAGGCAUAUUAGAGUACCUUCAGGUACCAAAGGGCAGGCCUAUGAAUCCAACAUGGCUCUUCCCUUCUGAAUGAACUGCUGGAGAUCAAUUGUGGCCAUGCAGAGUGUCAAUAUACAGGUCGCUGUGAUGUUGAUUGGUGCCAGGCGCCAGCAUGGUGUUCAAUUCCUAAGAACUGAAAAUAUUUGUGUGCCGUUCUUAUAUGCCUGGUUGUUAUUGUGAUUGCUUUUCUGGAUUCAAAUGUUUUUAAGCAGUAAACUGUCGUACUUAAUUUGUUUUCAUGUAUGGACGUACCUUUAUCUAUAUGUAGUUCCUAAUUUCCCAUCUAUGCAAACA